AUGGAUUGCAAGGAUUGCAUAGAUUGCAAGGAUUGCAUAGAUUGCAAGGAUUGCAUAGAUUGCAAGGAUUGCAUAGAUUACAAGGAUUGCUUAAAUUGCAAGGAUUGCAAAGAUUGCAUAGAUUGCAAGGAUUGCAAGGAUUGCAUAGAUUUUAAGGAUUGCAUAAAUUGCACGGAUUGCAAGGAUUGCAUAGAUUGCACGGAUUGCAAGGAUUGCUUAGAUUGCAAGGAUUGCAUAGAUUGCAAGAAUUACAAAGAUUGCAUAGAUAGCACGGAUUGCAAGGAUUGCACGGAUUGCAAGGAUUGCACGGAUUGCAAGGAUUGCACGGAUUGCAAGGAUUGCACGGAUUGCAUAUCAACAGCAGAAACAAAAACAGAAAAGAUGAAUUCAUAA